AAAUCCACCGCUGUUGCCGGUUGCCCGUGCUGCGCCGUCAUGUACCGUUUUUAAAGAAAAUCAAAAUUCGUGAAUCGCUCCUCUACGUUUCCGUCGGGGCUUUGUUGGACACCUAGUUGGGAUCGGAAUAAAAAUCCCUUCCACAGAUCUCUCUGAAUUUUCGCCGAUCAAUUCGCUCUGUUUUUCGUUCAAGAUUUUUUAAACUUUUGCUUUUCAAUUUUCCUUUUCGGGGAUUCCCCCUCUCCAGAAUCUUCCGCCGUUUAAUCGCCGGGAAUUUUUUUUUUCUGAAUUUCCCGGCGAGAAAACAAUGGGGUCGACCGAUGGUCCGUCAUCGGUGAUCUCUUAUGCAGUUAUAGACGCCUCUAAUUGGUGGGAUGAUAUAAACAACUCGCCUGUUUGGCAGAAUCGAAUCUUUCAUGUCCUCGCUGUACUCUAUGGCUUGGUUGGCGCCAUUGCUCUGAUCCAGCUUAUUCGAAUAGAAUUGAGAGUUCCUGAGUAUGGUUGGACAACACAGAAGGUUUUCCACUUUCUUAACUUCUUGGUGAAUGCGGUUCGUUCAUUGGUCUUUGCAAUCCGUCGGAAUGUGCAACGGAUAAAACCUGAGAUUUUCCAAACUGUCUUGCUUGAUAUGCCAAGUCUUGCUUUCUUCACCACAUAUGCACUGUUAGUUCUGUUCUGGGCCGAGAUAUACUAUCAGGCACGUGCUGUAUCAACUGAUGGGCUGAGGCCAAGUUUCUAUACUGUUAAUGCUGUUGUGUAUGGCAUCCAGAUUGUGUUGUGGUUAAUUUUGUGGUGGAAUCCCAUCCCUGUUGUACUCAUCCUGUCCAAGAUCUUCUUUGCAGGCGUCUCAUUUUCUGCAGCCCUUGGGUUUCUUCUUUAUGGAGGGAGACUCUUCCUAAUGCUUCAGCGCUUCCCUGUUGAGUCAAAAGGUCGGAGAAAGAAGUUACAGGAGGUCGGCUAUGUGACAACCAUAUGUUUCUCAUGUUUCCUAGCAAGAUGUAUCAUGAUGUGCUUCAAUGCAUUCGAUAAAGCCGCUGAUCUUGAUGUUUUGAACCAUCCAGUUUUGAACUUUAUAUACUAUCUGUUGGUGGAAAUUCUACCCUCUACUCUGGUCCUUUUCAUAUUGAGGAAGCUCCCGCCGAAGCGUAGCAUCACGCAGUAUCACCCCAUUCGAUGAGAGAAUUUGAUGAAGUCAUUUGAUGUCUGGGAGGCCUGCGAAGCUGGGACUAAUGGAUGGCUUGAUUUUGGAAAGCACAUCUGCCCUCUAAAUAGAGAUGCAACCGAAGGGUAGCAGGGAAUGGCUUCUGCACAUGUUGAACGCGACAUCUUUUAGCAUCUAAACAGGGGUCUGUUCAUGGUUAAGUGUUGUAGAUUAUUGAAAAAGAAACCUCUCGAUGAGAGGAUUGUGAAUUCUUGUGACCCAUUUUAGUGCAACUUUUGCCUGGUUUGAUUUAUAUUGUUGUUAUAAUAGAUGGUUUAUUGUGUUGAGUCCAUGUCUUGUUCCUUACAAUGAUACCAAGCAGGAGGGCAUGUAUUUCAUAUUCUCAAACCACCUCUUUGAACACAAUACAGUGAUUAAUUUUGCUUCAA